UCAAAAAUAUUUUUUCAAUCUUUUUCAGAUAUAGACGAGUGUGAAACCAGCAUCCAUUCAUGUGAUGUCAAUGCGUUUUGUAACAAUACCAUUGGAUCUUAUAUUUGCACUUGUAAUCCUGGGUACUUUGGAAAUGGAAAAUCGUGUCUUGGUAAAACCUUAAACUAAUCGUCUUGCAGAGUUCAUCACACUAUGCAGUGCCAGUCCCUUUUUCCUGUUGCCUUUAUUAGCUUUGAUUCUGAUAUCCAGCAAACCCCUUUAAUUCUCUGCUUGCAGCUAAAAUGUUUUUGCGUACCUCUGAUCUCGAGUUGUCGCCUCCGCAGUUGAUUUCAGCAGGUGGUGGAUGUCUCUUUUUUUUUCCACAAAGUAGUUUUGGGUUUUCGUAUCCGACAGUGUCGUACUUAGUUGUCUUAGUUGCUUUCGAGGUUUGUGUUUCACCAUAGGGCGUUUUGUAAUUAGGAGCGGUCUUGUUAACUUACGGUAAUUUUGCAAUAAACUGGUUUUGAGGUCCUUGCUGACCCAGAGGCCCCCGCAUUUAUUCUUGGGUGGGUGUCUUUCUGGGUAGUGUAGGCAAAAUGUAAUAUUUGUUUUGAUUUGUUUUUUUUUUUUUUUUUAUCUUCAUACAUUCUCUCCCUUCAGAUAUUAACGAGUGUACCACUAAUGUCCAUAAUUGUGAUGCAAAUGCUUUCUGUGAUAACACUGAUGGAUCUUACACCUGCGCAUGCAGCCCUGGAUAUACUGGAAAUGGAACAUCCUGCGCCGGUAAAUUAUCAACGCAUUUGCAUUUUUAAGCGACCAUAUAUUAUUGCUAUUAAAACUGGGGGAGGGGGGUAGGACAGGGCAGGGGGGCGGUGUAAAUUACGUCUCUGCUCCGUUAUAAGCAAUAUUUGUUUGGGUUUGUUUUGAUUUGUCUUAACAUCUAAGGUUGCUGAACACAAUUUCUCUAAAUCGGAUUUAUCCCUUUACUGUGUAUUUUAACAACUUUAUCAUUACAUAAAGAAAAAGAGGGAGGAAAGGCUGAUAAAAAGUUUAACAGAAAAUAAUGUUUUUGUCGCCUUUGACAUAUCACGUGACCUCAGCGCGGGCCUGUUGAACUAGAGCUGAACAUGAGUACUUUCAUAAGCAACUUAAAUAAACUACAAUAUCUUUAAAUCUACUCAUUAAAAUGUGACGAAAUUUGGCAGAAAUCCUGUUCAUGUCACGCUCAAGCCAAUAAAAGCGUCAAAAUAUCUUUUCAACAAAGGAGUUUUGUGACAAAAUCAAGAUUUCCAUAAAGGCUAUUUUCUUGAAGAUUUUAAAAAACUGUUCGUUACAAUUUUGGUCAAGUGGUUUCUAAAAGAUGAGGGUUACUAAUCGAAAGCUGUGUUCAAUUUUCUAAGAAAAUCCAAUGACUGAAUUUUGCUUAAACCUAAUAAAUUGAAAUUUUUUGGCUUGUUGUCAAACUUCCAUGUUGCCAUGGCAACAAUCCAAGUCUCACUUUUAACUUAAUAAAUGUCAUGUCUGAUAAAUAUAGAUUGUUUGAUGUGCUGAAUCAAAAUUUUAGCGUUAUACCCGCAAUGAGUCUUAAAUAAAACCCCAAUAAUUGGUUAUGAUCCACAACCUAUCAAACUGUGUUCAGGCACCUUAAUUCUCUCCUUUCAGAUAUUAACGAGUGUACAGCCAAAGUCCAUAACUGUGAUGCCAAUGCUUUCUGCAAUAACACUCAGGGGUCUUAUAACUGCACAUGCAGCCCUGGAUACACUGGAGAUGGAACAUCAUGCAUCGGUAAAUCAUCCUGCCUAAUGCAUGUAAAAUUAUUUUAGCGAGGUGCAAGAAAGAAGCAGUACCCCAUAAAUGCAUUAAGUAAUUCUCCAAACAUAUCUCUCAGCGUACUUAUGGAAGCCCAUCUGAUAAAGUACAAGCUAUUUCUUGGAAAAGGCACCCUGUUGUUUGAAUCUUAUAAGCGGCCACCUACCGUAUAUAUAUGAGACCACUUACACUUGCAUCUUGUUUGGUCGCUUAGCGAGAAGCUUGACUGUAUGUUAAGAAGUCCGAAAGAGAGGAACCCCAUACAUAGAAACGUUCCUUAUCCAAGGCUUAUUAUUUCAUUCAUAGACAUCGUUCUGCUGAAAAUACCUUCCUUUUAGAUAUAACAAGUGCAUACUGGAAAUGAAACAGCAUGCACCGGUAUAUCAAAAAUCGUUUCUGCUGCAGUAUUGGAAUUAUGUUUCGUUGAUCCGGUUUGCCCGCAUCAUCUUAAAUACUUUCUUAAUACUUCUUUCCUUUCAGAUAUUAACGAGUGUACCACUAACGUCCAUAACUGUGAUGCCAAUGCUUUCUGCAAUAACACUCAGGGGUCUUAUAACUGCACAUGUAGCCCUGGAUACACUGGAAAUGGAACAUCAUGCAUCGGUAAAUCAUCCUGCCUAAUGUAUGUAAAAUUAUUUUAUUUAGGUCCAAGAAAGAAGCAGUACCCUAUAAAUUAAUUAAGUAAUUCUCCAAACAUAUCUUUCUUAAACUGUGUUCAGGCACCUUAAUUCUCUCCUUUCAGAUAUUAACGAGUGCACAGCCAACGUCCAUAACUGUGAUGCCAAUGCUUUCUGUAAUAACACUGAGGGAUCUUAUAAAUGCACGUGUAGCCCUGGGUACAAUGGAAAUGGAAUAUCUUGCACCGGUAAAUUAUCAUGACCAAUACAUUUUUUAAAAAAAAAAGCAAUGUAUGUAUUUUAACUCUUUGAUUUCUUUUAUUUCCUUUCAUUUCAAGUUUCGUUUUUCUUUUUAUGUUUUGCUUUUGUUUUUGUUUUUGCUUUUUUGGGGGGUGGGCGAGCUUAAAAUCGUUUGAGCUGCAGUAUUUGAAUUAUGUUUCGUCAAGAGCCAUUAUGGCUCUUGGUUUCGUUGAUCUGUUUUGCCCGCAUCAUCUUUAAUACUUUCUUAAUAAUUCUUUCCUUUCAGAUAUUAACGAGUGUACCACUAACGUCCAUAACUGUGAUGCCAAUGCUUUCUGCAAUAACACUCAGGGGUCUUAUAACUGCACAUGCAGCCCUGGAUACACUGGAAAUGGAACAUCAUGCAUCGGUAAAUCAUCCUGCCUAAUGCAUGUAAAAUUAUUUUAGCGAGGUGCAAGAAAGAAGCAGUACCCCAUAAAUGCAUUAAGUAAUUCUCCAAACCUAUCUUUCUCAAACUGUGUUCAGGCAACUUUAAUUCUCUCUUUUCAGAUAUUAACGAGUGUACAGCCAAAGUCCAUAACUGUGAUGCCAAUGCUUUCUGCAAUAACACUCAGGGGUCUUACAACUGCACAUGUAGCCCUGGAUAUACUGGAAAUGCAACAUCAUGCAUCGGUAAAUCAUCGUGCCUAAUGCAUGUAAAAUUAUUUUAGCGAGGUCCAAGAAACAAGCGGUACCCCAUAAAUGCAUUAAGUAAUUCUCCAAACAUAUCUCUCAGCGUACUUAUGGAAGCCCAUCUGAUAAAGUACAAGCUAUUUCUUGGAAAAGGCACCCUGUUGUUUGAAUCUUAUAAGCGGCCACCUCCCGUAUGAGACCACUUACACUUGCAUCUUGUUUGGUCGCUUAGAAUACGAGAAGCUUGACUGUAUGUUAAGAAGUCCGAAAGAGAGGAACCCCAUACAUAGAAACGUUCCUUAUCCAAGGCUUAUUAUUUCAUUCAUAGACAUCGUUCUGCUGAAAAUACCUUCCUUUUAGAUAUAACAAGUGCAUACUGGAAAUGAAACAGCAUGCACCGGUAUAUUAAGAAUCGUUUCUGCUGCAGUAUUGGAAUUAUGUUUCGUUGAUCCGGUUUGCCCGCAUCAUCUUUAAUACUUUCUUAAUAAUUCUUUCCUUUCAGAUAUUAACGAGUGUACCACUAACGUCCAUAACUAUGAUGCCAAUGCUUUCUGCAAUAACACUCAGGGGUCUUAUAACUGCACAUGCAGCCCUGGAUACACUGGAAAUGGAACAUCAUGCAUUGGUAAAUCAUCCUGCCUAAUGUAUGUAAAAUUAUUUUAGUUAGGUCCAAGAAAGAAGCAGUACCCCAUAAAUUCAUUAAGUAAUUCUCCAAACAUAUCUCUCAGUGUACUUAUAGAAGCCGGUCUGAUCUGAUAAAGUACGAGAUUUUUCUUGGAAAAGGCACCCUGUUGUUUGAUUCUUGCAUGUAAGCGGCCGCCUCCCGUAUGAGACCACCAAUACACUUCGCAUUUUGUUUGGUCGCUUAGAAUACGAUAGGCUUGACUGUAUGUUGUGUUGUCCGAAAGAGAAGAACCUCAUACGUAGAAAGCUUUCCUAUCCAAGGCUUAUUAUUUUAUUCAUAGACGUCUUUCUCCUUAAAAUAAGGGUUUUUUACCUUCCUUUUAGACAUAACGAGCGCACGUCUAAGGUCCAUAACUGUGAUAAUGUCAAUGCGUUUUGUAUACUUUCCUUUCAGAUAUCAAUGAGUGUACGACUAACGUCCAUAAAUGUGCUGCGAAUGCUUUCUGCAAUAACACUGAUGGAUCAUAUAACUGCACAUGCAGCCCUGGAUUCACUGGAAAUGGAACAGCAUGCACCGGUAUGUCAUUACGACCAAUACUUGUAAAACUAUAUUAUGAGGUCUAAGAAAGAAGCAUCCCAUACAUAGAGUGCUUCUCUCCGUAUUACCUUAGGGUGGAUUUCCACUGUCGCGUAAUUUUUACGUGCCGGUGCGUAAAAUUUACGUUCGCAAAUGAAAUAGAGGCAAUGCAUAAAAGGCCGCACGCAACGUCAAAGUUGAACUUCGCUCAACUUCAAGUUUAAGCUCGACACUUUGUACCUUGCCUCUAUUUUAUUUACUCGAGUAGAAUUUACGUGCCUUUACACGUACGUAAAGAUCACGUGACAGUGGAAGUUCACCCUUACUCAGCUUACUUAUGAAAACCCGUCUGUAAAAAUAAGAGCUUUUUUUUACUGUCUUUUUAGAUAUUAACGAGUGUACGACUAACGUCCAUAACUGUGAUCCCAAUGCGUUCUGUAAUAACACUGAUGGGUCAGAUGGAUCUUAUACCUGCACAUGCGCUCCUGGAUAUGCUGGAAAUGGAACAGCAUGCACCGGUAUAUCAAAAAUCGUUUCUGCUGCAGUAUUGGAAUUAUGUUUCGUUGAUCCGUUUUGCCCGCGUCAUCUUUAAUAUUUUCUUGAUUAUUCUCUCCUUUUAGAUAUCAACGAGUGCACGACUAACGUCCAUAACUGUGAUCCCAAUGCGUUCUGUAAUAACACUGAUGGAUCUUACACCUGCACAUGCGCUCCUGGAUAUACUGGAAAUGGAACAGCAUGCACCGCCGGUAUAUCAUUAUAACUAACACUAGUAAAACUAUAUUACGAGGUUGGAGUUUUUAAAUUAAUAAUUUCCAGUGAAUUUAAGAGGGGGUCAGUAGGGGGUCAGUUGAACUGGGGUCAGCGUUUUGUCCUAGCCGUUGUAAUUGUGGUAUUUUGUCGCCACCUCUGUACAGCUGACUGUGUAUGUCUCCUGUCCCUUGUUGACGGCUUCUUCUUCGUUGUGCAAAGCGAUAUUCUCUCUGCUGCGAGGUUUCUUGCUGUUAUCGUUUUCUUCGUUGCUCGCGCUGAAUCUCAAUUCGGUGUUUUUGCUCUUAAAGGAGUCUCGGUGGUCAUGAUCUUUUCCGUCAAGGAUUUGCAGCCACUUGUUGAAUCCAGAGUUGUUGUGUUUGCUGUUCUGGGUCAUUCGCAUUUAAGGAAAUUGCUCGUGAUUUACCGAUAGCAAAAAUUGCUUUCACCUUCAUGUCGAAUGAUUCCCCAAUAAACCGGUUCACUCUGCACUCGAAUGUUGCCUGGAAACACACAACGCUGCGUAACCACAGGUGACGUCAACCGGAUACCAACCGUAAGUGACCGAUAUAUACAAAUAUAUAUGGGCCAACCGGCUUUGCAUGCCGCUCAGACUUCGUGCGACCCACGCGCUGCUCGCCCGCUGCGCGCGCGACAAGUUUAUAAACUCUCUUUCACGAGGAAUUAACCUGUCCAUUCCGGGGGUUCUGAGACGGUUGAGCCGAAUUUCCCCUGAUCCAAGAGAGAUCAUUCUCUCUUGCCCGAUCUGAAUGCGAUGCGAUAAUUGUUGCAGCGUGGAAUAGUUUACUGUUUUCUUUCUAUCUCCCUUUUCAGAAAUAUAUCAGACUGACUGCUGGCGCAGCGCAUCCAGGAUGCCAAACCAGUCAUAUUUUUGGGCUUACUCAACUAAUCCUAGUGGCAGUGAUAAAGUGGACGCUAUCGAUUUCUUGACAAUUCAGAAUGACGCCAUUCUGUCAGGGUACCGUCUGUGGGGAGUCCAAAGCGUCAAUUCAACUACUUUCCUGGUCACCAUGAGUUUGUACGGGGAAAAGGGCUUGUUGAUCGCUAACGAGACUAGAACCUACCCUACUAGCUCCAGUGAGAAGACGUUUGAAGUGCACUUCUCACAAGAGAUCGCCAUAAGUAAUAAUGAAAGAUAUACUGCAGUUGUUAGAAUAGUAACAUCCGAACUCUCUUACGCUCUUGACGACGGCAUGCCAAGAGCACGUUGUUCUGGUGUCAGAGUUUAUUUCUUGACAUCGUCAAAAUACGGCAACCGUUCAGACGUUUCGACAGGCCAAAUUCCGGCUUUAAUAUUGCUUUCCAAGGGGUCAUCUGCGAAACGUUAAAGCUUGGCGAGGCUUUUUUGUUUUGUUUUGUUUUUGUUUGUUUGUUUUUUUAGCAAUUUGCGAAAAGGUAAGUUGCGAUACUAUGUCACUCUUUCAGCGUUUGUGACCUUAUGCCGACUUCAUAAGAAAAAAUGUACCUUUCCCUCCCUCAGUACUCUGCCCAAUGUUGGGCUAUUGUUGGAGCUACCUUUAGGGGACAACGAAUACCCAACUUUGAAUGGAAAAAAAAAACUUAUUGUGUUCUUCAAUGUUGGAGAAACUUUCUUUGUAGCUUUUAAAUGAUUCUAAUGGUUCUGACCUCGAAAAUGAAGUUGAACAACUUGAUCAUCCGAGCGAUUUGAACAUGAAAUGUAGAUUUGAAAAAAAUUCGAAUAGUCGGUGUAUUUUCAUUCCCGAAAUUAAAAUCUUUGCAAAAAGUUGUAAUCCGUAUUUCUAAUAGCAACAACCCUUUUUAAAUAAACCCAUUGUAGUAUUUUAAUUGUGCUUAUUAGAAAAUGUACCUUAUUACAAGACUCCGUGUUCCACUUGCCGUAACGGGACGGCAAUCUAUCAAUCAAUCAAUCAAUCAACUUUCUUUAAACACGGUAAACAAUGGCUCAGCAAUCUGGUUUUCAGACAUGCCGUGUAACAAUUACAAGUUAUAAAAUUAAAACUAGUGAUUAACUAACAAUAAUUUGGCACAAGAAUUUAGUACAAUUUUAUCUGUUCCUAUCGGCUCUUAUAAACGUGACGACUUAGUUCGUAUGGUAAGCAAGACUAAUAAUACUAGUAAAAAUAGUAAUAAUUUGAAAUACAAUAUAAUAACAAGAAAUGAGUCAUUAAAGAAAUAAGAUAGAAACAUAAUAAAAGUUAUAUCCUAGGAUAUCGCGAGUUUGAAGCUAGUAAGAUCCCUUAUUAUUCAUUCAAAAUAUUUCACCUAUUUUGAUUGGCUAAAAGCACGCGCAUAAUUCACCAUAACCAGUUACUGAUGACCAAAUUUGGAAGAAUUUUGUGUUUAGCGAGGAACUGACGUCAAAAAUGCAGCGUUCUUGCAGGUGAAUGCACCGUUAACCGAGAAGACCUGGGGACGAGGUUGAGUUGUUUUGGUUGUGAACUUGAAAAAUGGCGGACAAUUCACUCGUUUCAAGAGUAAGAACGUUAACUAGUCGAAAAAAUAGCUAAAAACAUGGCAAGAACAGCAAGAAGGCAACUCGAAGGGCGACAUCUGCUAUUUAGAGAAUAUUUGCGGAGCUGAACAAAACCUAAACGUGUAGUAUCGAAGAUGAACUUAACAUCGAUGGAUCGAUGGAGGUAAGCAUGUUUUAGCCAUGUUUUUAAACUAGGAAUUAUUUCGAAUGGAUAAUAAAACAAUUAUUGAAUGCGGCUUUCGCAUCAUAUGAAGAAUUAUGGAGAUCUCGGAGGGUGUUAUCCGCCUCGGCCUCGGCCUCGACUGAUAACACCCACCUCAAUCUCCAUAAUUCCUCAUAAGAUACUCAGCCUUAUUCUUUAAUUGUUAAUUAUUCUUCUCUUUUCCUGUAUUCUAGUUUCUACUGUGAUUUAUUUUGUAAAAUCGCAUCGUCUUUUCCCUAAUGUUAUAUGUCUACUUAAACUAAUCUAGGGAGAGCCUGGACCCCAUAUAAGCCCCAGGCUUCCAGUACAGGCUUUCCCGUCACUAUCUUUUUCUAUAUUUUUCAGUAUAUGUAACCUGUAAAGUGACGAAAACAAAUAAACCAAUCAAUUAGUGAAUCAAUUGUCCAAUUUUUACGUUGAUAGGGGAAAAUACCAGAUCAGUGGCGGAUCUAGGGGAGGAGCCCAAGGGGGCCGCCCUCCCCCCACCUUAUUUUUAGACCAAAGUGAGGCCAGGCUCCUCAUUAUGUCAGGGUCUGGAUGAUCACCCCACCCCCCCCCCCUUUAGCUAGGAAAACGCGAUUCAGCCGCCGUUGUUUUGGCUUUCAAAGCCGGCGCUUUUCGCUACUAGUGGACUAUAACAUAUAGCCUAGUAGCAGCUCAACCAAUCAGAACGCACCAUUGAUAAUAGACCACUAGCUGGAUUAAUUUAUAUCAAAUAUAUUUGAUUUUUUGGGUUAAAACGUAAUUGAUUUAAAAAUAUCAUACGACUAUCUCGUGACUUUAAGUUAAGUUAUAUAUAUAAUUAAGUUAUAUUUAAAUGUGCUCCCGUGCGUAAAACCACGAUCGAUUAAAAAGCAAAUUAUCCCUCUUACUGUGGGGUCUGAAAACACCCUUUUUAUUAAACUGUCUCUUUUUAUACUCUGGCUGCGGGCUGUGAAACCACGAUUUUGACCCUUAAGAAAAUGACAGUGAGAAAUCUGCAUUACAGCACCAGUAGUUAUUAUCACCUAGGAAAUUUAAAUGCCAUGCAUGUUUACGCCAGUUCUUUACCGUGUUACUGCGUAUUCUUGCAUUUCUUCCGUUCAGUUUUAGUCAGAAAUUCAGCUAUUUUGUCUUGGGAUAGCCAUGCGAAAGAUCUUUUUUUUUUUUAGAUCACCAUUGCCAAAGCAGCCUCGUGUCUAGAUUGAUUGAAUGAGUGAUUGCAGUAAUACAUAAAUAAAGCUUUUGCCUUCCUGUUACUUCUUUACGUAGCCUUUAUUACAACUUGGUUUAUCCUUAUCUUGUAUAUUGUACUUCAGUAUGGGUUUCGACGUAUCCCACAAACUUGAAUCGUAUUGUUCUACUUCAGAAAAAAAAAAAUUCGAAUUAUUUCCAAGACGCCAUUUGAUGCUCACACUGAUCCUAAAUUCAAACGUUUGCAAAUACUGAAAUUAUCUCAAAUUUACUUUUUUCAAGUUGGAAAGUUCAUGUAUUCUUAUUAAGUAGGCCUGCUUCCUAAUGUAUUUAAAGAAAUGUUUUUAAUGACAAAUCAAGUUCAUUCCCAUAAUACCAGAAAUUCAAAUACUUUCUACUUUACACUAUUAUGCACUAAUUCGAUUGCCUUCUUUUGUUUACCCCUUGCUAUAUCAGGGGCACCCAACGUCAGUUUUGGGAAAAUAUCUGUUCGGGAGACGAUUUGAAAUCUAGAAUUUUCGGAACAUUUGUUUUAAAAUUUCUUGCUUGGCUGCCUCUUCUAGGAUUUUUGAACAUCUAAAAAAUCAUAUAAUUGCCCAUGUUUUUAACGUACUUUUACCCUGAGGUCACCAAGAAUUUUCGGGAGCCUUUUUUCUGGCUGAAAUUUUCGAAAAGGUGAGUUUUGAUCCCCAUAAUUUUUGGAUCACUAGUAAGACUAGGAAAUCAGAACAGAUGAAAAAUUUUUAGGGGAUAAAAAAUAAGCCUAUAUCUGCCCUUUAAAUACUAGAGUAGGUUUAACAAUGCUAUGUUUAAGUGGUUUCGAACUAUUUUCUCGGAGGGUGUCCCUGCUGUAUUGCACUUACUAUUUGUUCGUACUUGUUUCACUGUUCAAGUAAAAUCACUUUAUCAUGACGCAUGGGCUAUCAUCAUGCAUCUUUACGCCGGCUCAAGAUCUUACAUCCUUAUAACGAACGUAGAAGCUGAGGACUUAAAUAACUGUUUCCCGUACACAAUCCUGUCUGCAAUGCAAACAAAGCGAGAGGUUAUUUUUAGUGCGAAAAAAGGGGGCUCCUGCGUAGCAUUUGCGUGUGUUAAAAGUGGGAGAAUGCCUGGGGCCAACAACAGAACGGAAUAUUUUAAAUAGAUUGUAUAAGUUUAAUAUCCCUGAAAAAGUGGGAUAUUAUUUGUAGUGGCAGUGGAAACAAGUUGACAGCUUCAGAGUCUGGGCUGAUAAAAGUGAACGAGGGAGAACAUGAGUGACGCCACCAUAGAGAGUCCAAGUCGUGGAAAUGACCGGCGAAUGCUGAUCAUGUUAACUGUCUUCAUCUGUCUUGUUGCCGUUGUCAUUUUGGUUAUUGCUGCUAUAAUGUUGUCAUUGAUAAUAUCUCGAAGUGAUGAUGUUGAUGAUGAUGAUGCUAAAGGAUCAAAACUUGACGCCGUGGUGAAGGGUAAGCAAACGUUACAACUUUUUGAAAGUCCGGCUGUCUACUCGUAACACCCUCAACUAGCGAUUAAAGGCUUCUAAACUUGCCCUGUCAUAUCUCGGUUUAGUCCGCUCUUAGAACUUUAUUUUUCAAGAGCCCGCGCACUUGUUUUGCAGUAGGUAUCUCAGCUAGGGUAAGUUUAAAAGACAAAUUUGUUUCCCGGGGAAUUUUACAUUUUGUUUCAGUAUUUUUGCAUUCCUGAUUCGGCAGGGGCACCCAACGACUGUUUUCUGUAAAAUAUCUGUUCGCAGAAGCAAAUAUUGCCUAGAAUAUUCUAUUGCUUGAAUACGGCUAAAAAUUUCCAGAAGAGCGCUCCAUUCAGGUACGAUUUUCGAAACUUAUCUAAAAAAUUCCCUACUAUUUUCUGAAGUGUAAUUUUUCAUCUUUUACUCCUUAUGUUAGGCUAAUUUUCGUAGAAAAAGAAAAACCGAAAAUUUUCGGAUUCAAAAAUGAGAUGAAAAGAAGAACAAGAAAAAUUCUCACCGAGUUCGUUCAACUGCAUCUAAAAUUUUCGGAAAAAUAACAGCGAAGCCCUUGUAAUUUCGAAAAGCCUUCAGUUUCCCUAGGAUGACCGAACAGAUGCAACUUUUAUAGUGCUGCUUAGAAUACAUUUCUAGAGAUCUAAAAGUACUCUGGAUAGCAUAAAAAGACUUUUCAAUGCGUUUAGGAGGAAACCGUCGUUGGGUGCCCCUGAUUCGGGGGCACACAGUCAGCGACUUUUUUUCUGUAAAAGAACUAUUCGAAGGGGCAAACUAUUGGAGACAAAUAAACUAACUUCCGAGUUAGGAUUUCGAGUUAGAUUUCGAGCUGGAUUUUCGAGAUAGGAAUUUGAGUUGGAUUUUCGAGUUAGGAUUUCGAGUUGGAUUUCGAGUAAGGAUGUAGAGUUGUUGUUUUUUUUUUUUGAGAUGGUUACUAGUAAUCCAGCUACAAUGAAUCGGCUAGUUUGUCCGUAAACCGUCUCGUAGAUGUCCAGUGCAAUGCAGUCAACAAAAGAAUUCCUGUAGGGGUGGGGUUGGUAUUUUGCCUUUUUAUUCUGCGACAUCAUUAUAUAAAGUAUACAUGAAGGAAGAGGUAAGACAUUGAGUCAUACAUAACGUCAUUUCCAAAAAUACGAUAACCGGACGUACUCUAGAAUAUGAUUUUUCUUGUCAUAUCUAUUCCGGUGGAACAAAUUUAGAAAUCGCGUUAAGAAUUAGACACAACAAAAGGCAAAUAUAUAAAUCCUAUAAUUCCAUUAUAUUUUGAAUACCAGCAAAUGGCUCAAAUGCUGCUUUACAGACCUUUCCUAGCUUCUUCCCUUGGCGGACACCAAGCAUAUAUUCAUAGAAAUAUUUGUUCAUUUAUUUAUUUAUUUAUUUAUUUAUUUAUGGGGCAUCGAAUUUUGCAUCUGGCUAAGAGCACGGGUGGUUCACGUGAUGCGCGCGCGCUUCGCGCUCGACGAGAUUAUAAACUCGCUUCGCAAGAAUUAUCUUCCAUCUCCCUAAACAUCCAAGGAAGCUUUUCUUUUUCUCUUCUUUUAUUUUUUCUAUAUAUGUUUAUGUUUAAUUAUCAACUAUAUAAUGAUACCCUAAAACUUAAAAUCAGUUUAAAAUUUGAACAUAACUGCUUGCGCUUCCAAUUAAACCACAACAUAUCAGGCACGAUCUCUAGCGAUGCACGAUUCAAUUCAAAAAUAUUUUUUCAAUCUUUUUCAGAUAUAGACGAGUGUGAAACCAGCAUCCAUUCAUGUGAUGUCAAUGCGUUUUGUAACAAUACCAUUGGAUCUUAUAUUUGCACUUGUAAUCCUGGGUACUUUGGAAAUGGAAAAUCGUGUCUUGGUAAAACCUUAAACUAAUCGUCUUGCAGAGUUCAUCACACUAUGCAGUGCCAGUCCCUUUUUCCUGUUGCCUUUAUUAGCUUUGAUUCUGAUAUCCAGCAAACCCCUUUAAUUCUCUGCUUGCAGCUAAAAUGUUUUGCGUACCUCUGAUCUCGAGUUGUCGCCUCCGCAGUUGAUUUCAGCAGGUAGUGGAUGUACGUUCUCUUUUUUCCACAAAGUAGUUUUGGGUUUUCGUAUCCGACAGUGUCGUACUUAGUUGUCUUAGUUGCUUUCGAGGUUUGUGUUUCACCAUAGGGCGUUUUGUAAUUAGGAGCGGUCUUGUAAACUUACGGUAAUUUUGCAAUGAACUGGUUUUGAGGUCCUUGCUGACCCAGAGGCCCCCGCAUUUAUUCUUGGGUGGGUGUCUUUCUGGGUAGUGUAGGCAAAAUGCAAUAUUUGUUUGGAUUUGUUUUUUUUUUCUUUUUAUCUUCAUACAUUCUCUCCCUUCAGAUAUCAACGAGUGUACCAAUAAUGUCCAUAAUUGUGAUGCAAAUGCUUUCUGUAAUAACACUGAUGGAUCUUACACCUGCGCCUGCAGCCCUGGAUAUACUGGAAAUGGAACAUCCUGCGCCGGUAAAUUAUCAACGCAUUUGCAUUUUUAAGGGACCAUAUAUUAUUGCUAUUAAAACUGGGGGGAGCGGGGGUAGGACAGGGCGGGGGGGCGGUGUAAAUUACGUCUCUGCUCCGUUAUAAGCAAUAUUUGUUUGGGUUUGUUUUGAUUUGUCUUAACAUCUAAGGUUGCUGAACACAAUUUCUCUAAAUCUGAUUUAUCCCUUUACUGUGUAUUUAACAACUUUAUCAUUACAUAAAGAAAAAAGGGAGGAAAGGCUGAUAAAAGUUUAACAGAAAAUAAUGUUUUUGUCGCCUUUGACAUAUCAAGUGACCUCAGCGCGGGCCUGUUGAACUAGAGCUGAACAUGCGUACUUUCAUAAGCAACGUAAAUAAACUACAAUAUCUUUAAAUCUACUCAUUAAAAUGUGACGAAAUUUGGCAGAAAUCCGGUUCAUGUCACGCUCAAGCCAAUAAAAGCGUCAAAAUAUCUUUUCAACAAAGGAGUUUUGUGACAAAAUGAAGAUUUCCAUAAAGGCUAUUUCCUUGAAGAUUUUAAAAAACUGUUCGUUACAAUUUUGGUCAAGUGGUUUCUAAAAGAUGAGGGUUACUAAUCGAAAGCUGUGUUCAAUUUUCUAAGAAAAUCCAAUGACUGAAUUUUGCUUAAACCUAAUAAAUUGAAAUUUUUUGGCUUGUUGUCAAACUUCCAUGUUGCCAUGGCAACAAUCCAAGUCUCACUUUUAACUUAAUAAAUGUCAUGUCUGAUAAAUAUAGAUUGUCUGAUGUGCUGAAUCAAAAUUUUAGCGUUAUACCCGCAAUGAGUCUUAAAUAAAACCCCAAUAAUUGGUUAUGAUCCACAACCUAUCAAACUGUGUUCAGGCACCUUAAUUCUCUCCUUUCAGAUAUUAACGAGUGUACAGCCAAAGUCCAUAACUGUGAUGCCAAUGCUUUCUGCAAUAACACUCAGGGGUCUUAUAACUGCACAUGCAGCCCUGGAUAUACUGGAAAUGGAACAUCAUGCAUCGGUAAAUCAUCGUGCCUAAAGCAUGCAAAAUUAUUUUAGCGAGGUGCAAGAAACAAGCAGUACCCCAUAAAUGCAUUAAGUAAUUCUCCAAACAUAUCUCUCAGCGUACUUAUGGAAGCCCAUCUGAUAAAGUACAAGCUAUUUCUUGGAAAACACACCCCGUUGUUUGAAUCUUAUAAGCGGCCACCUCCUGUAUGAGACCACUUACAGUUGCAUCUUGUUUGGUCGCUUAGCGAGAAGCUUGAAGAGAAGAACCCCAUACAUAGAAACGUUCCUUAUCCAAGGCUUAUUAUUUCAUUCAUAGACAUCGUUCUGCUGAAAAUACCUUCCUUUUAGAUAUAACAAGUGCAUACUGGAAAUGAAACAGCAUGCACCGGUAUAUCAAAAAUCGUUUCUGCUGCAGUAUUGGAAUUAUGUUUCGUUGAUCCGGUUUGCCCGCAUCAUCUUAAAUACUUUCUUAAUACUUCUUUCCUUUCAGAUAUUAACGAGUGUACCACUAACAUCCAUAACUGUGAUGCCAAUGCUUUCUGCAGUAACACUCAGGGGUCUUAUAACUGCACAUGCAGCCCUGGAUACACUGGAAAUGGAACAUCAUGCAUCGGUAAAUUAUCCUGCCUAAUGUAUGUAAAAUUAUUUUAGUUAGGUCCAAGAAAGAAGCAGUACCCCAUAAAUUAAUUAAGUAAUUCUCCAAACAUAUCUUUCUUAAACUGUGUUCAGGCACCUUAAGGUAUCAGCCACCCUUAAAAUUGCCAUUUUUCCAUAUUUGAGGUUUCAUAGACCACUAGCUGGAUUAAUUUAUAUCAUAUAUAUUUGAUUUUUUGGGCUAAAACGUAAUUGGUUUAAAAAUAUCAUACGACUAUCUCGUGACCGUUAAGUUAUAUAUAUAAUUAAGUUAUAUUUAAAUGUGCUCCGGCGCGUAAAACCACGAUUAAAAAGCAAAUUAUCCCUGUGACUGUGGGGUCUGAAAACACCCAUUUUAUUAAACUGUCUCUUUUUAUACUCUGGCUGCGGGCUGUGAAACCACGAUUUUGACCUUUAAGAAAAUGACAGUGAGAAAUCUGCAUUACAGCACCAGUAGUUAUUAACACCUAGGAAAUUAAAUUGCCAUGCUUUUUUACGUCCGUUCUUCACCGUGUUACUGCGUAUUCUUGCAUUUCUUCCGUUCAGUUUUAGUCAGAAAUUGCCAAAGCAGCCUCGUUUCUAGAUUGAUUGACUGAGUGAUUGGAGUAAUAUAUAUAUCAAGCUUUUGCAUUCCUGUUACUUCUUUACGCAGCCUUUUUUACAACUUAGUUUGGGCAUCGAAGUAUCCCACAAACUUGAAUCGUAUUGUUCCACGUCAGAAAAAAAAAAAAAUUCGAAUUAUUUCCAAGACGCCAUUUGAUGCUCACACUGAUCCUAAAUUCAAACGUUUGCAAAUACUGAAAUUAUCUCAAAUUUACUUUUUUCAAGUUGGAAAGAUCAUGUAUUCUUAUUAAGUAGGCCUGCUUCCUAAUGUAUUUAAAGAAAUGUUUUUAAUGACAAAUCAAGUUCAUUCCCAUAAUACCAGAAAUUCAAAUACUUUCUACUUUACACUAUUAUGCACUAAUUCGAUUGCCUUCUUUUGUUUACCCCUUGCUAUAUUAGGGCACCCAACGUCAGUUUUCGGAAAAUAUCUGUUCGGGAGACGAUUUGAAAUCUAGAAUUUUCGGAACAUUUGUUUUAAAAUUAAUUGCUUGCCUGCCUCUUCUAGGAUUUUUGAACAUCUAAAAAAAUCAUAUAAUUGCCCAUGUUUUUAACGUAUUUUUACCCUGAGGUCACCAAGAAUUUUCGGGAGCCUUUUUUCUGGCUGAAAUUUUCGAAAAGGUGAGUUUUGAUCCCCAUAAUUUUUGGAUCACUAGUAAGACUAGGAAAUCAGAACAGAUGAAAAAUUUUUAGGGGAUAAAAAUAAGCCUAUAUCUGCCCUUUAAAUACUAGAGUAGGUUUAACAAUGCUAUGUUUAAGUGGUUUCGAACUAUUUUCUCGGAGGGUGUCCCUGCUAUAUUGCACUUACUAUUUGUUCGUACUUGUCUCACUAUUCAAGUAAAAUCACUUUAUCAUGACGCAUGGGCUAUCAUCACGCAUCUUUACGCCGGCUCAAGAUCUUACAUCCUUAUAACGAACGUAGAAGCUGAGGACUUAAAUAAAUGUUUCUUGCAUGAAAUCAGCCGUAGACAAUCCUGUCUGCAAUGCAAACAAAGCAAGAGGUUAUUUUUAGUGCGAAAAAAGGGGGCUCCUGCGAAGCGUUUGCGUGUGUUAAAAGUGGGAGAAUGCCUGGGGCCAACAACAGAACGGAAUAUUUUAAAUAGAUUGUAUAAACUUAAUAUCCCUGAACAAGUGGGAUAUUAUUUGCAGUGGCAGUGGAAGCAAGUUAACAGCUUCAGAGUCUGAGCUGAUAAAAGUGAACGAGGGAGAACAUGAGUGACACCACGAUAGAGAGUCCAAGUCGCGAAAAUGACCGGCGAAUGCUGAUCAUGUUAACUGUCCUCAUCUGUCUUAUUGCCGUUGUCAUUUUGGUUAUUGCUGCUAUAAUGUUGUCAUUGAUAAUAUCUCGAAAUAAUGAUGUUGAUGAUGAUGCUAAAGGAUCAAAACUUGACGCCGCGGUGCAGGGUAAGCAAACGUUACAACUUUUUAAAAGUCCGGCUGUCUACUCGUAACACCCUCAACUAGCGAUUAAAGGCUUCUAAACUUGCCCUGUCAUAUCUCGGUUUAGUCCGCUCUUAGAACUUUAUGUUUCAAGAGCCCGCGCACUUGUUUUGCAGUAGGUAUCUCAGCUAGGGUAAGUUUAAAAGACAAAUUUGUUUCCCGGGGAAUUUUACAUUUUGUUUCAGUAUUUUUGCAUUCCUGAUUCGGCAGGGGCACCCAACGACUGUUUUCUGUAAAAUAUCUGUUCGCAGAAGCAAAUAUUGCCUAGAAUAUUCUAUUGCUUGAAUAGGGCUAAAAAUUUCUAGAAGAGCGCUCCAUUCAGGUACGAUUUUCGAAACUUAUCUAAAAAAUUCCCUACUAUUUUCUGAAGUGUAAUUUUUCAUCUUUUACUCCUUAUGUUAGGCUAAUUUUCGUAGAAAAAGAAAAACCGAAAAUUUUCGGAUUCAAAAAUGAGAUGGAAAGAGGAACAAGAAAAAUUCUCACCGAGUUCGUUCAACUGCUUCUAAAAUUUUCGGAAAAAUAACAGUGAAGCCCUUGUUAUUUCGAAAAGCCUUCAGUUCCCCUAGGAUGACCGAACAGAUGCAACUUUUAUAGUGCUGCUUAGAAUACAUUUCUAGAGAUCUAAAAGUACUCUGGAUAGCACAAAAAGACUUUUCAAUGCGUUUAGGAGGAAACCGUCGUUGGGUGCCCCUGAUUCGGGGGCACACAGUCAGCGACUUUUUUUCUGUAAAAGAACUAUUCGGAGGGGCAAACUAUUGGAGACAAAUAAACUAACUUCCGAGUUAGGAUUUCGAGUUAGAUUUCGAGUUGGAUUUUCGAGAUGGGAAUUUGAGUUGGAUUUUCGAGUUAGGAUUUCGAGUUGGAUUUCGAGUAAGGAUGUAGAGUUGUUGUUUUUUUUUUUUUUGAGAUGGUUACUAGUAAUCCAGCUGCAAUGAAUCGGCUAGUUUGUCCGUAAACCGUCUCGUAGAUGUCCAGUGCAAUGCAGUCAACAAAAGAAUUCCUGUAGGGGUGGGGUUGGUAUUUUGCCUUUUUAUUCUGCGACAUCAUUAUAUAAAGUAUACUUGAAGGAAGAGGCAAGACAUUGAGUCAUACAUAACGUCAUUUCCAAAAAUACGAUAACCGGGCGUAAUCUAGAAUAUUAUGAUUUUUCUUGUCAUAUCUAUUCUCGUGGUACAAAUUUAGAAAUCGCGUUAAGAAUUAGACACAACAAAAGGCAAAUAUAUAAAUCCUAUAAUUCCAUUAUAUUUUGAAUACCAACAAAUGGCUCCAAUGCUGCUUUACAGACCUUUCCUAGCUUCUUCCCUUGGCGGACACCAAGCAUAUAUUCAUAGAAAUAUUUGUUCAUUUAUUUAUUUAUUUAUUUAUGGGGCAUCGAAUUUUGCAUCUGGCUAAGAGCACGGGUGGUUCACGUGAUGCGCGCGCGCUUCGCGCUCGACGAGAUUAUAAACUCGCUUCGCAAGAAUUAUCGUCCAUCUCCCUAAACAUCCAAGGAAGUUUUUCUUUUUCUCUUCUUUUAUUUUUCUAUAUAUGUUUAUGUUUAAUUAUCAACUAUAUAAUGAUACCCUAAAACUUAAAAUCAGUUUAAAAUUUGAACAUAACUGCUUGCGCUUCCAAUUAAACCACAACAUAUCAGGCACGAUAUCUAGCGAUGCACGAUUCAAUUCAAAAAUAUUUUUUCAAUCUUUUUCAGAUAUAGACGAGUGUGAAACCAGCAUCCAUUCAUGUGAUGUCAAUGCGUUUUGUAACAAUACCAUUGGAUCUUAUAUUUGCACUUGUAAUCCUGGGUACUUUGGAAAUGGAAAAUCGUGUCUUGGUAAAACCUUAAACUAAUCGUCUUGCAGAGUUCAUCACACUAUGCAGUGCCAGUCCCUUUUUCCUGUUGCCUUUAUUAGCUUUGAUUCUGAUAUCCAGCAAACCCCUUUAAUUCUCUGCUUGCAGCUAAAAUGUUUUUGCGUACCUCUGAUCUCGAGUUGUCGCCUCCGCAGUUGAUUUCAGCAGGCGGUGGAUGUACGUUCUCUUUUUUCCACAAAGUAGUUUUGGGUUUUCGUAUCCGACAGUGUCGUACUUAGUUGUCUUAGUUGCUUUCGAGGUUUGUGUUUCACCAUAGGACGUUUUGUAAUUAGGAGCGGUCUUGUAAACUUCGGUAAUUUUGCAAUAAACUGGUUUUGAGAGGUCCUUGCUGACCCAGAGGGCCCCGCAUUUAUUCUUGGGUGGGUGUCUUUCUGGGUAGUGUAGGCAAAAUGCAAUAUUUGUUUGGAUUUGUUUUUUUUUUUCUUUUUAUCUUCAUACAUUCUCUCCCUUCAGAUAUUAACGAGUGUACCACUAAUGUCCAUAAUUGUGAUGCAAAUGCUUUCUGUGAUAACACUGAUGGAUCUUACACCUGCGCAUGCAGCCCUGGAUAUACUGGAAAUGGAACAUCCUGCGCCGGUAAAUUAUCAACGCAUUUGCAUUUUUAAGCGACCAUAUAUUAUUGCUAUUAAAACUGGGGGGAGCGGUGUAAAUUACGUCUCUGCUCCGUUAUAAGCAAUAUUUGUUUGGGUUUGUUUUGAUUUGUCUUAACAUCUAAGGUUGCUGAACACAAUUUCUCUAAAUCUGAUUUAUCCCUUUACUGUGUAUUUUAACAACUUUAUCAUUACAUAAAGAAAAAGAGGGAGGAAAGGCUGAUAAAAAGUUUAACAGAAAAUAAUGUUUUUGUCGCCUUUGACAUAUCACGUGACCUCAGCGCGGGCCUGUUGAACUAGAGCUGAACAUGCGUGCUUUCAUAAGCAACGUAAAUAAACUACAAUAUCUUUAAAUCUACUCAUUAAAAUGUGACGAAAUUUGGCAGAAAUCCGGUUCAUGUCACGCUCAAGCCAAUAAAAGCGUCAAAAUAUCUUUUCAACAAAGGAGUUUUGUGACAAAAUCAAGAUUUCCAUAAAGGCUAUUUUCUUGAAGAUUUUAAAAAACUGUUCGUUACAAUUUUGGUCAAGUGGUUUCUAAAAGAUGAGGGUUACUAAUCGAAAGCUAUGUUCAAUUUUCUAAGAAAAUCCAAUGACUGAAUUUUGCUUAAACCUAAUAAAUUGAAAUUUUUUGGCUUGUUGUCAAACUUCCGUGUUGCCAUGGCAACAAUCCAAGUCUCACUUUUAACUUAAUAAAUGUCAUGUCUGAUAAAUAUAGAUUGUCUGAUGUGCUGAAUCAAAAUUUUAGCGUUAUACCCGCAAUGAGUCUUAUAUAAAACCCCAAUAAUUGGCUAUGAUCCACAACCUAUCAAACUGUGUUCAGGCACCUUAAUUCUCUCCUUUCAGAUAUUAACGAGUGUACAGCCAAAGUCCAUAACUGUGAUGCCAAUGCUUUCUGCAAUAACACUCAGGGGUCUUAUAACUGCACAUGCAGCCCUGGAUACACUGGAAAUGGAACAUCAUGCAUCGGUAAAUCAUCGUGCCUAAUGCAUGUAAAAUUAUUUUAGCGAGGUCCAAGAAACAAGCAGUACCCCAUAAAUGCAUUAAGUAAUUCUCCAAACAUAUCUCUCAGCGUACUUAUGGAAGCCCAUCUGAUAAAGUACAAGCUAUUUCUUGGAAAAGGCACCCUGUUGUUUGAAUCUUAUAAGCGGCCACCUCCCGUAUGAGACCACUUACACUUGCAUCUUGUUUGGUCGCUUAGCGAGAAGCUUGACUGUAUGUUAAGAAGUCCGAAAGAGAAGAACCCCAUACAUAGAAACGUUCCUUAUCCAAGGCUUAUUAUUUCAUUCAUAGACAUCGUUCUGCUGAAAAUACCUUCCUUUUAGAUAUAACAAGUGCAUACUGGAAAUGAAACAGCAUGCACCGGUAUAUCAAAAAUCGUUUCUGCUGCAGUAUUGGAAUUAUGUUUCGUUGAUCCGUUUUGCCCGCAUCAUCUUAAAUACUUUCUUAAUACUUCUUUCCUUUCAGAUAUUAACGAGUGUACCACUAACAUCCAUAACUGUGAUGCCAAUGCUUUCUGCAAUAACACUCAGGGGUCUUAUAACUGCACAUGCAGCCCUGGAUACACUGGAAAUGGAACAUCAUGCAUCGGUAAAUUAUCCUGCCUAAUGUAUGUAAAAUUAUUUUAUUUAGGUCCAAGAAAGAAGCAGUACCCCAUAAAUUAAUUAAGUAAUUCUCCAAACAUAUCUUUCUUAAACUGUGUUCAGGCACCUUAAUUCUCUCCUUUCAGAUAUUAACGAGUGCACAGCCAACGUCCAUAACUGUGAUGCCAAUGCUUUCUGUAAUAACACUGAGGGAUCUUAUAAAUGCACGUGUAGCCCUGGGUACGAUGGAAAUGGAAUAUCUUGCACCGGUAAAUUAUCAUGACCAAUACAUUUUUCAAAAAAAAAGCAAUGUAUGUAUUUUAACUCCUUGAUUUUUUUUAUUUCAUUUCAUUUCAAGUUUUUUUUUUCUUUUUAUGUUUUGCUUUUGUUUUUGUUUUUGCUUUUUUGGGGGGUGGGGGAGCUUAAAAUCGUUUGAGCUGCAGUAUUUGAAUUAUGUUUCGUCAAGAGCCAUUAUGGCUCUUGGUUUCGUUGAUCUGUUUUUCCCGCAUCAUCUUUAAUACUUUCUUAAUAAUUCUUUCCUUUCAGAUAUUAACGAGUGUACCACUAACGUCCAUAACUGUGAUGCCAAUGCUUUCUGCAAUAACACUCAGGGGUCUUAUAACUGCACAUGCAGCCCUGGAUACACUGGAAAUGGAACAUCAUGCAUCGGUAAAUCAUCCUGCCUAAUGCAUGUAAAAUUAUUUUAGCGAGGUGCAAGAAAGAAGCAGUACCCCAUAAAUGCAUUAAGUAAUUCUCCAAACCUAUCUUUCUCAAACUGUGUUCAGGCAACUUUAAUUCUCUUUUUUCAGAUAUUAACGAGUGUACAGCCAAAGUCCAUAACUGUGAUGCCAAUGCUUUCUGCAAUAACACUCAGGGUCUUACAACUGCACAUGUAGCCCUGGAUAUACUGAAAUGCAACAUCAUGCAUCGGUAAAUCAUCGUACCUAAUGCAUGUAAAAUUAUUUUAGCGAGGUCCAAGAAACAAGCAGUACCCCAUAAAUGCAUUAAGUAAUUCUCCAAACAUAUCUCUCAGCGUACUUAUGGAAGCCCAUCUGAUAAAGUACAAGCUAUUUCUUGAAAAAGGCACCCUGUUGUUUGAAUCUUAUAAGCGGCCACCUCCCGUAUGAGACCACUUACACUUGCAUCUUGUUUGGUCGCUUAGAAUACGAGAAGCUUGACUGUAUGUUAAGAAGUCCGAAAGAGAGGAACCCCAUACAUAGAAACGUUCCUUAUCCAAGGCUUAUUAUUUCAUUCAUAGACAUCGUUCUGCUGAAAAUACCUUCCUUUUAGAUAUAACAAGUGCAUACUGGAAACGAAACAGCAUGCACCGGUAUAUCAAAAAUCGUUUCUGCUGCAGUAUUAGAAUUAUGUUUCGUUGAUCCGGUUUGCCCGCAUCAUCUUAAAUACUUUCUUAAUACUUCUUUCCUUUCAGAUAUUAACGAGUGUACCACUAACAUCCAUAACUGUGAUGCCAAUGCUUUCUGCAAUAACACUCAGGGGUUUUAUAACUGCACAUGCAGCCCUGGAUACACUGGAAAUGGAACAUCAUGCAUCGGUAAAUUAUCCUGCCUAAUGUAUGUAAAAUUAUUUUAUUUAGGUCCAAGAAAGAAGCAGUACCCCAUAAAUUAAUUAAGUAAUUCUCCAAACAUAUCUUUCUUAAACUGUGUUCAGGCACCUUAAGGUAUCAGCCACCCUUAAAAUUGCCAUUUUUCCAUAUUUGAGGUUUCAACGUUUUCAAAUAGAUAUGCUUGAGAGCUUUCUUUAAAAAAAAAAUUAGAAGAAAAUAUUAUUUCUGUCGAAAGAUAUCGGGGGUAAAAGAUUUUUUCUCGUUAAUUAUCUUAAUUGAUCGUUGACAAGAUCUGUCAUACCCGUGUCAUAUAUCAAUUAACUUGCCCGUGAACUAGUAACGUGAUACCGAGUGCGUGCUUCGACACAACAAGUGCGAAUUGUCUUCGCGUUGUUUAUAACCUUUAGUAUUCUCCGUGGAUAUUUAACGUUUGCCGCCAAAAAAAAAGAAAAUUUCGUCAUCGAAACCGAGAGCGAAAAAGAAAUCGAAGAGCGAGUUUGACAAAGAAUGGGCCGCAAAAUUGGCAGAGAGCGACAAAGGCUCAUUUUAUCAGCAAGAGAAGUGGCUCGAGGAGUUGGAUAUUCAGAAAAGCGAAAAUGUUGCAGUUGCUGAUCAUGAGAGUGCAAGCCGCUCCAAAAUCCAGCUUCAAGAGCCAGAUGAAGAAAGCCAAUUAAGCUCAUCGACCCCAUCUGCUGAUGGAACGUGGAAAACAAUAAGCGGUCGAGCUAUCGUAUCGAGCGAAAAGCUGCUUGAGAAACUGGACGAGUCUGUAUCUUGUCGAUUUUGCCAGGGAAGAGUCCAAGUCAUGGAAAAUGUAGCGACUAAGCAUGGACUUGGUUCUACCUGGAGAAUCCAGUGCGAGAAUGAAAGCCGUCCGUCGCACAAGACAAAUUCUGUUUUUAGUUCUUCCGAGAAGAGCAGAGCGUUUGAAAUAAACCGGGCCUCAGUUCUUGGCCUUCGAACAAUCGGUGGUGGACAUUCGGCGGCUUCAAAGUUUUUUUACUUUCCUCGGUCUGGCGCCGAUCGACAAAAACGCCUGGGCGGAUCAUACAAAAAAGGUCGAAGGAGAGGCAAAACUUUUGCUCGAGAAAGAAUUAAACCGUGCUUCUCGUGGUGUAAAAGAGUGGAAGUUUUCCAACGGAGAAUUAAACUGUUCCCUUGCUUGCCGCGAAAGUUUGUUCCUGUUACAUGUUACCUGUCAAAGUCCUAUUGUUAGAGAAAAUUGAUCCCUCUCUGAUAUCAAUCAGAAUAAACAUUUAGGUGUUAUAAGGGGCCGACCAUUUAACUCUUGAUGGGGGUGGGUGAUUUUUGGUCGGCAAGAAUUUUUUUUUUCUAGCAAUCUGGUGGGCAGGAUAUUUUUUUUCCCUUCUAAAUGCUCUGCAGGAUAUUUUUUUUUCCCUCCUCAUUUCUCUGCAGGAUUUUUUUUUUUUUCUCAAAAAGGGUCAUGUGUUUACAUACACAAAAUGUAUUUACACUUACAUUCUGGUCAUUGCAGUAAUAGUUCUAAUAUGGAGCUGCAAAGCCUUAAAAUGUUGUAAGCUAUACAAAAUCAUUAUUGUAUAGCUAUCUUUUCAGAAAGUCAUUCUUUACACUCAUUUUAUUACGUCAAAAUAAAGUGAUGCACCACAGGCAGAUGUGAAAGUGUUUAGUUUCUUAAUUAAAAAAAAAAUAGCCAAAAAUAGCAAAAAGCAGUUUAGAAAUGCUCAUAGCAUGGUAAUUGCUGCUAGAAUCAUUAGUUGCAAUUUAAAAGUAGACUGAAAUAUCCAAAACCAAUGUGAAAACAAAAUUGAAGUUAGUUGAUCAUGGUCUAAUUGAAAAAUAGCUCUAAUAAUUUUUGCUCAGCCUUUUUUCAGUCCACUUCUAUACAGUUGCUGCUGUUAAUUUUUAUCGUGCAGCGCAAUUUUUAUUCAUGAAAUAUACAGCUACUUUUUAUGCACCUAUCAAUGUCUUGCCCAAACAGAGGGAGUGCGGAAAUAGGUGGGGCAUUUGACUUGUGAACUUUGUCCAAGGGAGGGGAUGUUUUGAAUAAGAAUUAGGGUUUGAAAAGGCAGAGGGUGUGGAAUUUGAAAUUUAUUGACCAAAAAUAUUUGAAAUCAAUUGUCAAUAGCCCCUGGGUAUACCUGCACUCCCCCAAUUGGGGCUAGACAUCGAUAGGUGCAUUACUAAAACUUAAAAAAAUAUAUUAUAUUUAUCUAAAUAGAAAAUAAUUACAUAAAAAUGUUUCUGUUAAAAAUGAAAAAAAAAACUUCCUUUGUCUAUUAAAAGUUGAUUCUUUAAUAAAAAAAAAUACCUCCAUUUAUAAUACUGCUUGUGAUAAGCUAAUAAUGCAUUGCACAUAUGACGCAAUAAUUUUGCAGCAUCAUCAAAUCCAGAGUUCAAAGUGAGCAAGGGAAUGGUUGCAGUUUUGCUGCGAUUUUUUAAAGACCCCCGGAAUGAUGAAAUAGCUUUGCAACAUUUUUUUUUCUUUCUUACAGCAGCGCAAGAAUUUUUUUUCUAUUACAUUUGUGCUGCAUGCAAUUUUUUUCUUCCGACAAGCGCUUGCAGGAAAUUUUUUUUCAAAAUCACCCCCCCCCCCCCCUCAAGAGUUAAAUGGUCGGCCCCUAAUCUCAUUCCAGGUAGGAUGCCGCCAAAAAUGUAUUUUCUAUUUUAUCUCCGAACGCAAAUUUUGCCGAUCGACUGGUACGUUUUGAACUCCAAGUCGGCAGCCUUUCAAUCAAUUUGGCUAAAAUUUGGCCAGAGUGAUGCCAUAUAUCUCUUCUACAACACCGUGUCUGCGAAUUUUAAUACUCCUUUUCAUUUUAAAGCUAGAGCUUUUUUCCACGGGGAGUGUUGACUAAUUGCCUUUCCCAACUUCAUUUGCUAAUAAAAGAAAAACAAACGCACUUGUCAAAAAUCUGAGACACGGUUUUUUAGUGGAACGUGUGGAGAAGCGAAUGCGGUGUUAAUUGUUUUCUUCCGUUUAUUUCCGGCUGGAGUGGAACAUGAUUUAUAGAGAAGUGUACUUUUACACAAAACGUUCCAAUUUCGAAACACAUUUAAGUAAAUCGUUUUUGUUAGUUUAAAUCCAUAAUCUAGAAUUAUUAAGCUUUUAAAAAAUAUACUGCUGGUUCCCACUUGUGUGCAUGCAAGUUUGGUUCCUCCGGUGAUGGAAUCACGUGCUAUGGUAAUUAUUAAACAUAUAAAAUUAAAAGUUAGGGAAGACAUGUUUAUUGUAAUUUCUUUUUAUGCAAGUUGUAUGUACAUGCAUGAAGACUGAAGUUUUGUGCGGCUGAUGCGUACUCCAUGAUUUAUAUCUUUUAUUUUAUUUUACAUACAUAUAUGUAUUUUUUAUCAAUUUCAAUUGCAGCAAUUAUGUAAUUAUAGUAAUAAUUAGAUUCUACCAAACAUGACUAAGUCUACUCAAGAACCCAUGCCCAUGCUACCGCGGUUACGCAGAUGUAGAUUUUCACACUGACUUUCUAGUCAACAAAGCCUGGAGACCAAUUAAUAGUAUUUUUUGAUGUAUUGAUGAUGGUUACUUAUUUUUAGAGCGUGUUCACUUUAAUACGUGGCCAGCAUCUAUGCAAAUUUAUUCAACAAAAGAAAGCUUUAUACAAGAAAAGAGUUCAACUCCUACAGGACUGGUUUGAAACAGCCAACAUGACGGCCGUUCCAUUGUUUUGGAACACCAAUAUGGCCGCCAUGCCAUCAUGUGAAAACGCUCUAUUUUCGUAUUUCUUAUACUUAUCGGAUGCGCGCACAUACGAAGCGGGGCUUCCAAAUAAACUGAUCUAUUGCUUAGGCUAAGUAUGCGAGUUGCACGCUUCGGGCUUCGGAAUAUGGGCAUCAGAUUGUCCUCCUGUUUCUGAAAUGUUUUUAGGUCGAUUGUCUUGAUAUUCCUGAUUCAAUUUCAAAAUCUCUUGACAGCUGAUACCUUUUCAAAUUCUUUGCCUGAAGCGUUCAUCUUAAAGACAAUGGCAAUAUCAUUAAGGAGGCAUUGAUUCCCUUUGUAAAGGCAAUGUUACAUGGGACUAUUCGCAACGACGAUCUUUAGCGCAACACAGCGUUGCAGCAUUGUUGCGACAUUGUUUCUGAUUGUUGCAACAUUGUCGCCAUAAAAAUUGUCGUUGCAAAUCGUCUCAAGUAAUAUCGCCUUAAAGAGCCCUUGAUCACAAUCAGUCUGGUCUGGUAUGAGGGAUUAUCUCAGCGAGAAGAAACUGUAGCCUCCACAGCCUUGAUUUCAUGCAUACGGGCUAACUCCUCGCAAACAGGCACCGGCCAUUAAGUUUCGUCUGCCACAAUGUAGUCCUCACUUCAGUUCUGAUUAUCACCCUAAACUGAUUAUCAACUGAUGGGUUUUGAUAUUACUUUUUAAUUAUUUUAAAUACAAUUUAGAGCGCAAAUAUUAGUAUAGGUAAUCAUAGAACUUCGAGCUCAAUUUGGAAUUUAUUUGCAUGAAUGUGAUUUUUAAAAAGUAUCAAAACUCAGUACAUGAGCCCAUAACACGAAUGCAAUUUGAACGCACGAAUGCAAACAAAUUCCAAAUUGAAUGAGAAAAGUUGCAUGGUCACUUUUUAAUAAUAUACAUAAAAAAAUGACUUGCCUGGCUUUGCUUGAAAGCUUUGGAUGCCAGUAGAUUGCAGCACUUGAUUGGUUCUUACAGAUUUCUAUUGUCUAUUAGCAAAUCACAGUUUUCCAUUCUCUAAGAAAUUUGCAUUAUAUUCCCUUCUUUUUGUAUUAUUUUUCCUCGUUUUUUGUACUGUGUUUUCAGUUUACUAAAAACUGGACUGCUCUCAACCAAUCAGAUUUAAGAAAUGUUUUCAUGUAUAUUAUUAAAUACAAUACAUUGUCAUUAUCAGCUCCUUGGUCGUUUACAACGAAUGGAGCAGGGCGUUUCGGCAGCAUUCAGACUUUCACAGUGCCAAAAACCACUCGCUAUCGAAUCAGAGCCUGGGGAGCACGAGGAGGAACGCACUCCACAAACUACGGAAGUUAUCCCGGAACUUACUACGGUGGAAAAGGUGCAUACAAAGAGGGCAUGUUUACCUUGAAUAAAGGAACUAUACUGAAUAUUGUGGUGGGACAAAGAGGAGGAGAUUCGGUGGAGGUAAAAGGCGGACGGUCCACUAACUUGACAGCUGCUCAGCUGGGACUGUCCGUAGAGGACAAUGCUGGAACUGGGGGAGGGGGAGGGAGCUUUAUUUAUACAACAAGUAACGUGCUUUUGUUAGCUGCCGGAGGAGGAGGGGGUGCAUCUAGCGGAUAUAACGGGGUGGAUGGUCAGGCGGGUACUAAUGGCACCAGUAGCGUUGGACGAGAUUCAAGUUAUGUUCGUAGCGGAGGAUCUGGAGGGAAUCCUGGUCAGUGUAACCGCGUAGGCGGUAAUUGGCAUGGGGGAGUAGGUGCGGGAUGGUCAGGCCAAGGUUGUUCCAGGGUCAGGUCCGAAAAUGGUGAAAUGGGUGGAUCGCGUGCUCAGGGCUGGGUAGGUGGACGUGCUGGAAGAAUGAAUAGUGGCAACAACGGAGGGCCUCCCCCUGGGGCCGUAGGAGGGUUUGGCGGAGGUGGAGGGGGGUCGGAAGAUAAUGGUGCAUCAGGAGGAGGUGGUGGAUACUCUGGGGGAGGUAGCGGCACAUACGCAUACCAAGCAGGAGGGGCAGGGGGCUCUUACUGUAGUGGCUCGAAUUGUUCAGGCGUGAGUGGAGGGAACUCAAAUGACAACGGACUUGUAAAAAUCCUGGAAUUGUCUGUCUAA